UACUUUGUUGGCGUGACAAAAAUAUUUAUAGACGGACUUAUAUACAUACAUACAUACAUAUGUACAUAUUAAGUGGUGUGGGUGUGAAAAUUCCGCGCGUCUGCAAAUCAAAUAGAAAACUAUACAGCACAAUAAAAUGUAAAAUUUUCUUAAACAGAAAUAAGAACUAAAACAAAUACAUAAAAAUACAAAAUUUAUAAAAACAACAAUAAAUAGAAAACAAAAGCGCGUUGUCAGCCCGUUAAAUGUCGCGACAUUUGUGACACUAUAAAUAAUAAUUUGUCGUGAAAGCGCGCUGAAAAAUAUAAAAUAUAUAUUCGCUUCAAAUUUUGAACAUUACAACAACGAGAACAAUAGCACAGGCAAAGUGUAGCACAGCAAAGUAUGAUAUCGCGUUAGUUUUGGAAAAAAUUUUCAAUACCAACAUAAAAGCAGUAACCUACAAAAAAGGAGCUUACGUAAGAAACCCAAAAAAAGUAAAAAAAAAAGUAUAGCAAGCAUCAAACGUAGUGCUAUGUUAUUUUGCUUCGCGUAAGUGCAUGGAAAUUCGUGACAUUCAUUUGAAAAAUGCAUUUCAACAUUUGACACGUCCAAUUGAACGUGAAAAAACGUGCACGCUUACGUAGCUUUCGGUUUGAAAAUUUUAAAAAUUAUUAUAUUUAUUAGUGAAAAACCGUGAAAAAAUCACAUAAAAAACAUUCGCACUGCAGAGUGUUGUUCGUAGCGCAAAGUGUCCGUGUGGAAGGAAGUAAGCUCCACUUGAAACUUUUGUUGGGGCAGCGGUAUUGAAGCUCCCAACCCACCCCAACAACGAGCCGUGCAUUCGAGCAUUGUGAACAUGGCGAUACAUGUCCUGUCAACUACGAGCAGCCAAAUGACCAGACCACAUUUACGAAAAUCUAUGCGCAUUAUCGAUGAUAACUUAACACUGUACAAACAUAAUAGAAACUUUGUAAAAGCAAAAGUGCACAUGACAGUUGAAUCAAGCAGUCAAGCAACUAGACAAACGGUAUAAGCGAAAAGAUAAACGAUCGAGCAAAUCUGUAGAGCAACAAAUUAAAAACAAACGAUUUACGGAACAGAGCAAAAAGAAAGUGAAACCGCGCGCGAUACAAACGAAGAAAAAGUGAAACAACGCAAGGACUCUGCUUGAGCAUCUAAAAGGAAAUAAAAAAGAUUAAAUUGCAGGCACACCUUGUAAUUCAACGAAAAGCAAGCGAGUGAGUGAGCGAGUUCCAGAGCACAAACACGAGUGUGGCGGUGACUGAACGCGUUAGCAACACGUAAGGACACUGUUGAGCUGUGCAGCUAAGCAAACGAACGAAAUAAGAAAAGAAAAAAAACAACGAGUAAAAAAAGUAAUAAGAAAAGAAGCAGACGCAGUACGAAAAAAGAAAUUUCUAUGUAAAUAAAGGUGUUUGCAUUAAUUUAUUUACAACGAGCGCGCACAUCUGGCAAGCAGGCGGCAGUAACUUCAACGAAGUCCAAAACACAACGCACACCCGCAGAGCAACAAGCUAAAGGCAAUAUAAAAGAACAGAGAGUGAGUGAGAGAGCGCCGCACAAGGAUCUGACGCAAUAGCAGACACAUUCUAAAAGGAUAUUGAACCCACGCAAGCGGACAGUGAGUGUGCGAGUGCGCGUACUUGUUUGCAAUUGUAUUUGUAUCUGUAUUGCUGAGCGCUGAACAACCAACACGUGUUUUCUGUUUGCACCGGCAUAGCUACAGACGCAGCCACAACCAAAGCCAACAAGCCAGCCAGCCAGCCUAUCGAAGCGAAGCAGCAAGGGUAAAUCAAGCAAGUGACGCUAAGCUAUAUUUCAUUCGACAUACGUGACUGGCGGUGGUUGGUGCAACAAUUUAAAGAACGUAGUAGCAGGAUACAUACCUACCUACAAAUCCAAGUAUAAGUAUCUACAGAUACUGCCAACAACAACAAACACGCAUCCUGCCUCAAUUGUUAAUGUGUUGUACAUGUGUCCAUAGUGCAAAGUGAAUGUGUUAGUGGCUUCUAUUUUGUAUAUGUACAAGCAAAGGACAUUCUUUUCUCAACAAUCUUUUUCAAUUGGCACAAGUAAGCGAGUGUGUGUAGAAGCGCGCGCCUAAAGAACGGAAAGGACUGUUACGUUUUUUAUUCAAUUUAAUAACGAAGGAAAGUGUAGUGUUGAGUUUCUUUUUAACUCAUUUAUAAGCAGUUUUUGGGCAUUCGUUUUUUUUUGUUGUUUAAUUACAACAAAUAAUUUUUGGAUAGCCUCCAAUUUGAAAAUGGAUUACUACGAUAGCUUGUUGGACCAUUUGCAAAUGCUGGAUUACAAGGUGCUCAGCCUGUUGGCUGUACCAAUUAUUGCUGUAUUAGUGUUGGCGGCAGUGCUGCUGCGGAUAACGAGAAAAAAUGACACUGUGCAACGUAAUGGUAGCAGAGCUAGUCAGCAUAUACGUAAUCCCAGAUAUUACCAUCAACAACAACAACAACAGCAGCAACCACAAAACGGUAGCAAUUCGAAAAAUGAUUCAUCCGAUUCGGGUGUUUCGACAAAUGGACGUCAUCAACAUCACCACCACCACCACCACAAUCAUCAACAACAUCAACAGCAGCAACAGCAUAUUCGUCAACAGCAGCAACAACAACAACAACAGCAUAAUCAAAAGCAACGCAAAACGCGCUCAAACAGUAAACGACAAGAAAAUAACCACGCAACAAGAGAUGAGAAACGUUCAACCGAUUAUUCAGUUGAUGAUUGGUUGGGCCAUGAAAUGGUUUACUGUUACGAUCAUCGGUAUAUAUCUUCAUGCGCCGAAGAAAACUUGUUGGCAGCACGCCACAACCCAGCUCAUCGUAACAGCACCUCUAGCGAUGCUGCUGCCAGCGACGACCUCAACUCCAGCUCGAGCAAUGAAGAUUUGAGCGCCGUCUACAAUGUCAUGUCGCAGCCCGACAAGAAAUCUGGCAAGGCACGCAGAAAUCGUCAGCAACGUCGCCGCAAGCAUCACGACGAACAAACUGGCGCCCAACUUCAGCCCAUUCCUAUGGACGUCGACGAGGAUAGCAAAGAAAAUCGACGUCCUGCACAGCACCAGCCGCAACAGCAGCAACAACAGUCGGCUAAGACGACUAGCGUCAAUUUGCGUAAGCAAUGCACCAAAGCUGCUGCAUUGAAGGCGGUCAACCAGCACAACAACAGCAAUGCCGGCAAUAGCGUGAACAGCAGUAGCAAUAUUGCAAUGCCCAAUAGUAGCGCGCAUGCGCUCACCAACUCACCGUCCAACUCUUCAGUGUGCAGUGCACUCUCGUUGGCUUCAUCCACAUACUCACUCUCAUCGUCAUCGUCAUCAUCGAUGUCGUCGAGCACAUCAUCUGCCUCGAGUUCGCCCACCAAUUCGGCGAAUUGCUCGCCCACUGCCUCACCUACCGCCAGCAAGCGCAAUACGGAGAGUUUCCGCAAAAUUGCACGCGCGCUUGCCCCGCCACUGCGUCAGCACACCAAGUUGAAUAUGUCGGAGGCCGAGUUGGUGCAACAAUUGCGGCGCUAUAUCAUCGAUCCGAAUUUGUUGCGCGUCUAUGGCUACCCGGUUGAGAGCGCCAUACACGAGGGUUGCAUCGAGAUCUACAAAUGUCUGCCACGCCCCUCCGGCGUACACACACACCACCUUUCAACUAAGACGGACAUCGUUAAUACAACCGAUGGCCUGCAGUUGCGCAUCUCCAACACCAGCAGCAGUUACACCACAUCCUUCAACACUACCAGCAGCAGCGUCGAAGCACAAUGGACACUCGGCAGCGACAACUCGGCCGACUCCGGUCAGGGUUCGGGGGAUUCCAGCCCACCUUCAAUGGAUUCGGACUCAAGCGAAGCUGGUGAGGAUGAACCCGCCACCACAACGGCUUGUUUCACGCCAGACGGCAGCUACCAGAUAUUCUCGCAGUACGAUCAAUCGCUGGAGAAGCAAUGCGUGCGUUGUAUGCGCACCUUCCACGUCACCGAGUCAGGCGAGUACCUCAGCUACGAGAGCUGCACCUUCCAUUGGGGCAAGCUGUACAACCUGUAUACAGGCAGUAAAGGCUACACCACGCAGUACACCUGCUGUACAGGCACCAAGGAAACCGAGGGUUGCUCGCGCAAUCCUUUGCACGUGUGGACCGGCGCUGUGGUCGGAAUCAAUGGUCCCUACACCGAUUUUGUGCACACACGCCCGCGUUGUGAUGAUAAAUCUGACACGCCUAAGGUUUAUGCGCUCGACUGUGAAAUGUCUUUCACAGGCCGUGGUCUGGAAGUGACCAAAGUGACGGUGGUGGGCUACGAUGGCCAGCUUAUCUAUGAGCAUUUUGUGCGGCCGGAAGCUGAAAUUGUCGAUUACAAUACACGUUUCUCCGGCAUCACCGAAAAGGAUCUCUGUACACACUCGAAUAAGGACGUAAAGAUGUUAGCCGAAGUGCAACGUGAUCUGUUACAGCUAAUCGACGCCGACACCAUACUCAUCGGCCAUGGGCUGGACAAUGAUCUGCGCGUGCUGCGGAUCGUGCAUAAAACGAUCAUCGACACCUCGAUCGCAUUCCCACAUUCAAGCGGCUUUCCAUACCGCCGCGCGCUCAAGAACCUGACAAAGGCGUGUCUGAAUCGCGACAUUCAAUGUGGCGAUGCGGGGCACAGCAGUUUCGAGGACUCGCGUGCCUGUCUGGAGCUGAUGUUGUGGAAAGUGCGGAAAGAAAUGCGGCCGACGACGUACUGAGAAGUACCGACGCGGAGGCAUUCGAGUACAUGGCUGCCGCCGAAUGGGUGGAAGCGAGGUGGGGAAGAGAACCUCGGCUUGUCAGCGGCGGUGUGUUGUGAGCGAAUGCGAGUGUGGGAGAAUGACUUAGUGAGUAAGUGAGUGACUGAACGAGUGAGUGGGAGCGUGAAUUAAGCACGCUGUGUGAUUUUUUAUACAAAUAUUGUAACUUUUGAGUAAGUGUCGUGAAAUUUUUACAGAUUGAACUUGUA